UUUUUACCAUAAUUAUUCGUUUGAUGAUGAUGAUCAAAAAAUCAAUUUGACCUUCACAGUCAGUAUAAUAUUUGGUACAAUCCAUCACCAUCAUCGUAAUCAACAAGAAAAUUUUCGUUUUUUUUUUUUUGGCAACAGAAAAAAAUCAUCAUCAUCAUUGAAACAAACAUCAAAUCGAAUCAAUUUUUUUUUCAGUAUGUGCCCAUUAUUCAUCCACAUUUGAAUGUCAAAUGUUUAUCGAUCGUCGAUUAUUAUGAGUUAUAAAUAAAAAAAAAAUUUAUGCUGAAUUGUUUUGUACACACACACACACAUCUCCACUGACGUCAAAGUACAUCCUCGUCAUCAUCAUCAAAUCCAUGACCAAAUUGGUUAUUUGUUUUCGACAAAAAAAUAAAUAAAUUCUAAAAUUGUUCAAAUAGAUGGAUCGAUUAUUUUUAUAGAUCGAUAGAUAGAUAGAUAGUUAGAUUCAUCAAAUAAAAUUACAAAUCUCGAUGAUUAAAUCGUCUAUAAUUGCUAGAAAUAAAAUCAUGCCAAAGAAGAAAAUUAAAUUGAGUAAAUUACGUGAUUAUACGUUGAAAACAAAUGAUCGUCAUCAUGUACCAUUACCAACGGGAAAAUAUCAGAAAAUUGGUUGCCGUGAUCUGAUGAUAGGAUUAUCACGAAAAAGUGGAAUACUCACACGUUUAUAUUAUCCGGCUAAAACUGAUCCUGGAAAACAAUAUGAAAUGAAUCCAUUUUUGUGGCCAAAUUGGUUACCGCAUGAAUUUUAUACACAAGGUUAUGCUGAUGUGGCCAAUAUACGGUCAAAAUUUAUGUUUUCAAUGGCCAAUAAAACACGAAAAAAGAAUGUUUUCAUACCUGCCGUACCAAAUGCACGGCCACAUCAAUUGCCUGUUGGUCAAAAAUAUCCGAUUGUAAUAUUUUCACAUGGUCUUGGUUCAUGUCGUACCACUUAUUCAGCAAUCUGUUGUGAGCUGGCUUCACAAGGAUUUGUUGUCGCCGCCUUAGAACAUCGUGAUAAUUCGGCAUGUUUAACAUUCUAUCCAAAACGUCCAACGUAUUCAUUUAAAAAUUCGAAUCCAGAUUUUUUCAAUCAAAUCGGUGAUCAAGUUGAUGCCGAUGAUGAAGUUGAUUUUGGUGAUGAAAUCGAUGAUCCAAAUUAUAUACCACCAAAAGCAUUAACGGCAUUGACACAUAUACCACAUCUAGAAUUGGCUUGGAUUCGUUUCCGUUAUGUAAGCGUAUUUCGUGCCGACGAUGAUGUAUUGGCGUUUCGAAAAAAACAAAUUCAACAACGUGUUCGUGAAUGUACACGUGCUUUAGAUCUAAUGGAAGCAUUAAAUGCUGGCUAUGAAAUUGAUAAUCUUCUUGAUCCAGGAUAUAAUUAUCGUGAAUUUGAAAAUAUGCUUGAUAUGGAUCGUGUAUCAUUAAUGGGUCAUUCAUUUGGUGGCGCAACAGUAUUGAUGGCCGGUGCAUCUGAAUUACGUUUCAAAACUAUUAUUGCGCUUGAUCCAUGGAUGUUUCCAAUUAAAGAUGAAACAUUAGAUCUAAUACCGCAACCAGUAUCGAUGAUAUUUUCGGAAAAUCUUUCAAAAAUACCAAAUACAAAAUCAAUUGAUGAAUGGCUUCGAUCAGAUGUUAAUAAUGAUUAUGGUGAUGAUCGUAAUGCCAUCAUUAUAAAUGGUAGUAAUCACCUGCAACAAAGCGAUAUACCAUAUGUAUUCAGUGCCUUUAAUCGAAUAUUCAAUACAUUCAGUUGGCGUAAUCGUAUCAAUCCGAUCAUGGUGCAUGAUUUAACAACAAAUUUAUCCAUACAAUUUAUCGGCAAACAUUUAGAUAUUCCUAUCGAUGAACGUAUCAAUCAAUAUGUGGAUGAACAACGAAAACAUUUACGGCCAUUGAUUAAAAAAAAGACUAUAUAAAAUCGAAUCCAAUUCCAGCCGCUGCCGCUACUAUUCAAUCAAUCAAUCAAUCAAUCGAUCCUUGAUUAGACACAAUCAUUGUAUAUUUUUU